AUGGCUGUCCUCGCAAGGCCCAUAUACGCCCUCAACAGACCACUCGCAUUCCAGGCCUGCUCCAGAAGAGCCCUCGCUCCUCUGCGGCCGAGGUUCGUCUCGAAUGCUGCAAAGCCACCCACAGCUGUCGUGAUGAUGAACAUGGGUGGUCCCUCAACCGUUGGCGAAGUCAACGACUUCCUCACCCGUCUCUUCAACGACAACGACCUGAUUCCCCUCCCAUUCCAAUCCAUCCUUGGGCCCCUCAUCGCCAAGCGUCGUACACCCACUAUUGAAGAGCAAUACGCUUCCAUCGGCGGUGGCUCGCCCAUCCUCAAAUGGACCCAGAUCCAAGGCGCUGGCAUGUGUGCCCUUUUGGAUGAACUCAACCCUGAAUCAGCUCCCCACAAGCCAUAUGUUGCUUUCCGAUAUGCCAAGACCCUCACCGAGACGACACUGGCAGCGAUGAAGGCCGACGGUGUCAAGCGGGCUGUGGCGUUCAGCCAGUAUCCUCAGUACAGUUGCUCCACUACAGGAAGUAGUUUGAAUGAGCUGUAUAGAGUCGCCAAGCAGGAGAAAUGGGGAGGUGCGGGAGAGGUGGAAUGGAGUGUCAUUGACAGGUGGCCGACCCACCCGGGGUUGGUCGAGGCUUUUGCGCACAAUAUCAAAACUGCUCUGAAAUCAUACCCCGAACAAGACAGGAAUAACGUCACCAUCCUCUUCUCUGCCCACUCCCUUCCCUUAGAGAUUGUCAACCGGGGAGACCCGUACACUGCGGAAGUGGCCGCUACCGUUUGGGCCAUCAUGCAAAAGCUCAACUUUUCCAACCCCUGGCGUCUUACCUGGCAAUCGAAGGUGGGACCAAAAGCCUGGCAGGGGCCUCAGACAGCGGCUUCCAUCGAAGGAUAUGCCAAGCAGGGUCAGAAGAACAUCUGUUUGGUGCCCGUGGCGUUCACGAGUGACCACAUCGAGACGCUGUUCGAGUUGGACCAGGAGGUGGCGGAAGAUGCUGAAAAGCUUGGCGUACACCUCACCCGAGCCGCCUCACUCAACGACAACCCCAUCUUCAUCCGCGCCCUCGCCGACAUUGUCUCCACCCACCUCAAGGACUAUGACGCUGGUCUGAUAGGUCCUGCCAGCCAGCAGCUCUUGUCGAGAUGUCAGAUGUCCAAGAACCCCAGGUCAGAGGCGACCAAGAAGUGGUUGGGCAGUGGGGGUAAGAAUAUGGUUUAUUAG